GCAGUGCUCCAUCCAAUUUGCGACGCGCGAGGGCGAUCACCGCAUCGCGCAUUGUCCUGUAGAAACGGAGACCUUGACUCAGUGAAACAUUCCACAUUUAGCUCACCAAUGGAUCCGCGGUUUAGGAUCUCGGAGGACGAGAGGUGCGCGUCCGAGGCCUCCUAUAUAAGCUCACCGCCUCUCCUUGCGAUGACGUACACACAGUCACACUACACACCACAAGGCAUUCCAAGCUCUCGAUCGGCUACAAUGGCGAGCUCGAGGGCCUUCGCUUUGGUGCUCCUCCUCUGUGCCUUGUCCUGCCACCACGCCGCCGCCACCUACGCGCCGGUGCCCGCCAAGGAGGACUUCCUCGGAUGCCUCGUGAAGGAGAUACCAGCCCGCCUCCUCUACGCCAAGAGCUCGCCCGCCUACCCCACCGUCCUGGCGCAGACCAUCAGGAACUCCAGGUGGUCGACGCCGGAGAACGUGAAGCCGCUCUACAUCAUCACCCCCACCAACGCUUCCCACAUCCAGUCCGCGGUGGUGUGCGGCCGUCGGCACGGCGUCCGCCUCCGCGUGCGGAGCGGCGGCCACGACUACGAGGGCCUGUCGUACCGGUCCGAGAAACCCGAGACUUUCGCCGUCGUCGACCUCAACAACAUGCGUACGGUGACGGUCGAUGCCAAGGCCAGCACGGCGUGGGUCGACUCCGGCGCGCAGCUCGGCGAGCUCUACUACGCCAUCUCCAAGAGCAGCCCCGUGCUCGGGUUCCCGGCCGGCGUUUGCCCGUCCAUAGGCGUCGGCGGCAACUUCGCGGGCGGCGGCUUCGGCAUGCUGCUGCGCAAGUACGGCAUCGCCGCCGAGAACGUCAUCGACGUCAAGGUGGUCGACGUCAACGGCACGCUGCUAGACAAGAGCUCCAUGAGCGCGGACCACUUCUGGGCUGUCAGAGGCGGCGGCGGAGAGAGCUUCGGCAUCGUCGUCUCGUGGCAGGUGAAGCUCGUGCCGGUGCCUCCUACCGUGACCGUGUUCAAGAUUCCCAAGACAGUGAAAGAAGGCGCCGUAGACCUCAUCAACAAGUGGCAAACGGUCGCGCCGGCCCUUCCCGGCGACCUCAUGAUCCGCGUCAUCGCUAUGGGGGACAAAGCGACGUUCGAGGCCAUGUACCUGGGCACCUGCAAAACCCUGACGCCGCUGAUGACCAGCAAAUUCCCCGAGCUUGGCAUGAACCCCUAUGACUGCAACGAGAUGUCGUGGAUCAAGUCCACCCCCUUCAUCCACCUCGGCAACAAGGCCACCCUGGACGACCUCCUCAACCGGAACAACAGCUUCAAGCCCUUCGCCGAAUACAAGUCGGACUACGUCUACGAGCCCGUCCCCAAGCCGGUGUGGGAGCAGAUCUUCGGCUGGCUCGUGAAGCCCGGCGCUGGGAUCAUGAUCAUGGACCCAUACGGCGCCACCAUCAGCGCCACCCCCGAAGCGGCGACGCCGUUCCCUCACCGCAAGGGCGUCCUCUUCAACAUCCAGUACGUCAACUACUGGUUCGCCGAGGCAGCCGGCGCCGCGCCGCUGCAGUGGAGCAAGGACAUUUACAAGUUCAUGGAGCCGUACGUGAGCAAGAACCCUAGGCAGGCGUAUGCCAACUACAGGGACAUCGACCUCGGCAGGAACGAAGUGGUGAACGACAUCUCAACCUACAGCAGCGGCAAGGUGUGGGGCGAGAAGUACUUCAAGGGAAAUUUCCAAAGGCUCGCCAUCACCAAGGGCAAGGUGGAUCCUCAGGACUACUUCAGGAACGAGCAGAGCAUCCCGCCGCUGGUCGAGAAGUACUGAUCGAGGCUCUAGUGCGUGUUUGGCGUUUCACAUGCCCAACUAGUAGUAGAAUAUAAGGAUCGCGCGUAGGCGUUUUUUCAUUCUUUCUUAUGUUACUUCUCUAUGUACCCUGCUCACUGCAUUUGGUUCGUAGUGAAUAAAUGAUGGAGCUUGUGCAUCUUCGACUUUA